GUUGAACAUCCGGGUCACUGGUUCACUACAGUCAGUGCCAUUAGCUUAUGAGUUAGCUGCAGUUGUGAGGGGGAAAAGGCCAGUCAAAAUGCAAACGUCUCUAGUGAAAAUCGCUUUAGUUUCAUCUCUGCAGGUUUUGUUUUCUUUGACGUGCUUUCAAGAUGUUGUGCAAGCAGCCAGCGGUAAAGGGUUUGGAGAUAACAUCCACUGGAGGACGCUGGAUGAUGGAAAGAGAGAAGCUGAGGCCAGCGGACUGCCAAUCAUGCUCAUCAUCCACAAGACCUGGUGUGGAGCCUGCAAAGCACUGAAGCCCAAAUUUGCAGAGUCUAAGGAAAUCUCUGAGCUUGCACACAACUUUGUUAUGAUCAACGUGGAGGAUGAGGAGGAGCCGAAGGAUGAAACCUACAGCCCUGAUGGAGGAUACAUUCCUCGGAUUCUUUUCCUCGAUCCCAGCGGUAAAGUCCAUCCUGAAAUCACCAACAAGAACGGAAACCCAAACUACAAGUACUUCUACAGCAACGCCGAACAUGUGGUGUCCGGCAUGAAGGAGGCGCAGGAGGCGCUGACGGGCGACGCCUUCAAGCAGGGUCACACCGGAGACGAGCUGUGAGGAGGCGCAGAGGAGCGUCGGGCUGAAAGGGCUACACCUCCCCCACCCGAGCCUCAGCGACACUCCCACACGAAACUAACCCAAGACGACCAUUAAAAUCGGUGCUUGAGUAUUUCCUUCUGUCCUCUACGGUUUUUCCAACACUUCCUGUCGUCGUCUACUGUUAAUGCCAUGUACUGUAUCUGUAGAGGAUAACACCAACACACGCUAGCCAUGUUAGCUACCAUUAACUCUUACACUGUUUCCUGAAUGGAAUCUUCAGGAAAAUGCCAAGUUUUUAGCACAUGUUCAUGUUUGUCAUGAGACGACUAUGACAUUUGAGUCUUAUUAGUGUAUAAAAGUUUCCGUAACACCUUGUAUUACAACUUCGUAAUUUAUUUUCCAAGUAGAGUUAUGUUUUAGCCAACGGAAAUGAUACAGUAUUUCUUUUGACAUAUUAACAUCUAGAGUAACGUGCUUCCAAAUAUCCUCUACAGUACGUUUGUUAUAAUGUGAUAUUUUCACCAUGCACUUCAACGUAGGCUCUGUACUUCUGAUUUAUAUUAUCCACAGUCUUUAAACAAUAUUACCUAUUCAUUUAAACCUGCCAUUUAAUGUAUACUUUUAGCUAUAGCUAUAUACUUGUUGUUUUCCUGUUCGGGUUUGUUUUGCUGCUCGUGACGUGGCACCACUCGGUACCUUUUUAGUUUUGUUGGUUAAACCCUAUGAACGAGGGAUGAAAACAUUGGUAAUGUGUCUUGAUGUAUUUUAUACAUGUACACAGCCAGGUGUGCAAAUAAAGUUUGUUGUACGGA